AGAUUACCUGAGGGUGAGUAAAUUAGUAGAACAUUUUCAUUUUUGGGCGAACUCUCUUUAAAGGGUUGCCAAUAAAAUUACUGGUGAUAUUUUCUGGGAGCAAUAGCAUGAAAAACAAGAUUUCCCUUGCUUUUUUAAAACAUAUCAGGUAGACUUAGACAAACCCUAACGUUCAUAAUGCAAAAAAAUCUCUCCCCAGCCAUUUAUAGAAAAUAAAGCAACAGAAACUGGUCGUGGUAUUGACGUCACAGCCAUGAGCUCAUUAAAAUAAGAUCGCCCACGUCUAUGGCUCGCCCAGUCACAGUGAAACUAUAUGGAAGAAAUACAAUAUAGCUAAACACCAGAAGAAGAAAACACUAUUAUUUUAGAUGUGGGGGAAAACCAUCAAGCGCUGUGCCAUUCCUGGCUGUAGGAUUGAACCUGCGUCUCUGCACAAACUUCCAAAGGAUCCCAACAUGAGAAACGAGUGGCUGAAGUUUCUCUACACCGAGGUCCCUGAUCGUUACUGUCCGACAUUAACAGUUUGUUCGGCACAUUUCACAACGGACUGUUUUGUGAAUCUGCCACAAUUUAACGCAGGCUUUGCAAGUAAACUCUUAUUGAAGGAGGGGAGAGUGCCGACUAUAUUUGACCCGACAGCAAACUCACGACCUUGUCAGACGAGUCCGAAGAAAUCCACUGCAGCCACCUCUGAGCUUGCUGAGGAGAUGCCAUCCAUACAGAUCAAGCCGGAGCCAGAGGAGGUGGAGUGUGCGGUGAAACAGGAGCCAUUAGAUGAUUUUCCCGAGCCUACAGACUACAAAAUCAAGUCCUCGCCACCUCCGCUCUGUGACAUCAGCACCCAACCCACGGAUGCCGACCAGACGGAACCUGUGGACCUGUCCCUCAACAAGCCCAGACCCUCCCUUCCAGUUGCCACUGCAACCUCAAUCCCCUUAAACCCACCGCCCCAUAACAUCACGGCGAGCACUACCAUCCCUGCGGUGCUGUCGCCGGGCUCCAUCCUGGCAUCCAUGCAAGGGGUCGGAGGUCAACAGAUCCUGCACGUCAUUCACACCAUACCCUCCAUGAACAUGCCCAGUAAAGUUGGACAGCUGCAGACCAUCCCUGUGGUGGUCCAGUCCUUACCGGUGGUCUACACGACCGUACCCACAGAUGGAGUGGCCACCGCAGCCAUCACCGUACCUCUCAUUGGGAGCGACGGGCGGUCGGAGGGAACAGUGCGUAUCAAGCCAGGCUCGACCUCUCCAGUCGAGUAUCAGAGUGACAGUGAUGCAGAGAGUGGCACAGAGUCUGGAUCUGCCUCUUUUGGCACUCAAGGGAUGGACGGCAGUAUGAAUACAGAUGUGGACAUUCAGGUUGACCCUGACUCUCCGGACAUGAAAAGAAGGCGCGUGCACAUGUGCGAUUACGACGGCUGCAACAAAGUCUACACCAAGAGCUCGCAUCUAAAAGCCCACCGCAGGAUACACACAGGUGAAAAGCCGUACCAGUGCACUUGGGAGGGUUGCACCUGGCGCUUCGCUCGCUCAGACGAGCUGACGCGUCACUUUCGUAAGCACACCGGCAUUAAGCCAUUCCGUUGCACUGACUGUGACCGGAGCUUCUCCCGCUCUGACCACCUGGCGCUUCAUAGACGGCGCCACGUCAUGAUGUGAAAGUCACUUUGCCUCGUGCUUCCUAGCCCUCACCUCCCUGCCUGCUCCUCAGGAGAUACAUGCGCCAUCCCGGAGGGUUCUAAACGCUGUUCCAAACCCCUGUCUCCGAAUACAAACCUAUGUGUUGAAUUAGGAGAGGGGGAGGCGCAAUCAUUAUAGUGACCCCUCCUGGUCAGAAUUUGGCCAUGGUGCUGAAGUUGCAGACCACCGUCCACUGGUGACCUUCAUCGUCAUCUCAAUGCCUAGUCAUGUUAGCUGUUAAUUAAAGGGUCUACAAGAAAGGCAGAGCAGCACUGCUGUAAAGAAUGAUGUUUAAGGAAGGUACCCCCCCCCCUUCUUUUAAAAACAAGUCUAGAAAAUGGUUGGUGCAGAAGAUGAGGAAGGGAAAUAUUUUAUAUAAGAUGAAAAAGGUUUAUGUUCAAUACAUUUUGAUAAUUUUAAUGAGAUAAGUAUGUUGGAAGUGAAUUGACAGCUGCCUUGAUUAAUUCUUUCUUUUCAUUAGAACUUUUGGUUGCCCUGAAUUUGUAAACAAACUAGCUCUACGUACAUUUUAGUCUGUAUGUUUGUGCAUGGAUGGGAAUAGACACAGAGCACUCUGUAAAGACAGCUGAAGAUACUCCUGUUUUAACUAUUUUUGAACAAAUCUGUUGGUGUGGGUCUAUUUCAACCCAUGAGAAGUAGAGGCAGGGGGCUGACAAGACUGUGAAUCUUUGUAAAUUUUCUUUAUAGUAUCUGUUGUCUGAGCAUCUUUCCCCCCCCAAUUUUUUUUUGUGCAAAACAGUAUUUGUGUUCUUUUUUUAAGUCAUUUAAUAAUGGCAUCUAACUGAAUUAACAUCCAUUAAAUGGUGUUCUUUAUCUUUUAUCUAACCUUCGAAUAUUAUUUAAAAAGGCUGUGAAAAAAGUUUUAAAAAGAAACUGCUCGCAUCGAAAGAGGGAGCUUGCUAAAUUGAUCAAUUGAAUUGUGUGUGUGUGUGUGUGUGUGUGUGUGUGUGUGUGUGUGUGUGUGUGUGUGUAUAAGCACAGUAUGCAUUUGUAAAAGAGACAUACUCAGAUUUAUAAUAGUAGAGGUGUGUUGUAGGCAAAUAUUGUUACUUCUAGCCCAUCAGCGCCUUAAUUGAAGUAAAUGUGCAAGUCAGAUUUGCACAAUGGGUUUUCGGAGUACCUCAGGGUUCAGUGUUGGUCCCAAUUUAGUUGUGAGAGGCACCCUGAAAAUCCAUGUUUGCACCUAGUUCACACUUACAAAACAUGUCUUAACUGCUCCAUGCCCUUCCCCCCACCUUCCCCUUAAUGCUGUUGAUUUUAUUUGACAUUGAUGUCAUGAAAUAUUGGGCACAGUCCACACAGAUCUGUUAGGAGACAGUAUCUGAAUGCAUUAUUUCUCCUCUCAACUUAGCACUCAUAGCCAUGGUCAUUAUUUCAAUUUCUAUAGCAGCUGAUAAAGAGUGCAUAUAAUGCCUUUUUAAGAAACACCGCUUGUUCGAGUCCAGCCUUUGAGAGUUAAGUGCAUGUCUGCAACAGCUUCAUGAUCUUCGGUCCAGAGAGCAAUGCAAUCUUCAGAUUGUUUAUCAUUCUCUCGCUUGAAGUCUAAAAAGUGACUAAGCACAUCUUUCUAGAAGAGUAUAUGCAUUUGAUAGUGAUUGCUUCUUUUUGAAAUUGUUCAUAGACAUAUAGACGAUUAAUGAAUAAUUAAAGAAUUAAUGUACAUACUGUUUAUAUUCAACAAAGUUCUGAAUAAAUGUAAUGGGUGGAUUUCUAUUUUUAACAAUGACUAGACAAUGUGAAAUACUCAUGUUUUCUUUUCUGUUGGUUCUUUAAAAUGUGUUUUUGUUUUUUGUUUUUUUAAUCCUCAACAUGUUGUACACCUGUGUUGCAUGGAGAGUAGUUUUUCUUUUGUGAAGUUGGUGAGCAUGUCAAAGUGUUUGUGCCCUGAGAGACAAGGCCUACAAGCACUGAUAAUCCCCAAUUUCAUUUCCAUGUGCAACCAUGGCCAUUUGCGGCACAUAUAUGGCUGUUUUUAAUUACAAAAAUACAUUUACAUGCUGUUAAUGCACUCAAUGGUGAGUGAUACCUCAUUCAAACUGUUGUAUAGUGCCCACAAUAAAAAAUUAUCUAAUAACUAAAAUCCCAUCAUAUCAUUCUAAAUCAGGAUAAUAAUCUAAUAACUAAAAUCCCAUAAUAUCAUUCUAAAUCGGGAUUAGUUCACUCUAAAAUUACUGGAGCUCGUGGAAUAAAUGUAAGAGUUGGUCCCCCUCUCUUAUUAAACGCCCAUGACUGAUAUGUGAAAUCUAAGCAUGUUUGCUUUCAUCACUUGUAUUUGAUUUGUUAAAAAAAAAAAGUGUGCGACCUUGUGCUCGAAUCAUGAUAGGGUUUGGGUUUUGUGCGAGUGUAAGUGUGGUUAUCAUAAAAUUAUCUUUUAAACUUUCAGAAUCAUAGGUAUUUUAUAUUGAAUGCAGUAACUUAUGGGCCAGUACUAUAUUACUCAGUGCAAUGCAGUUAUCAUUAUAACAAAGCAAGUAAUUAAUGUUAUUUCUUUUGUAUUUGUACAGAACAAGAGUGUAAAGAUCAGCGAGGAAUAUGCGAGCUUUUUGAUACUGUGAGAAAUGGUGUUAAAAGUCAGUUUCCCCUGUACAGUUGUGAUUACCCACUCCUUUUAUAGAAUAAAAUGUUUU